AUGAGACCAGUCUCGGUCGCCUUUCUCGCGAGCUCCGUCCUUGCCCGGGGCCUUCAGCAUGCCGAUGCCGGUGCUGUCGAGGUCCUGGCCGCCAACGCCGACGAGGCCGACAGGUCGUCGGCCGUUCCUACCCGUCAGGGUGUCAUUAUGAACGGCAAUCAUUCAACGGACUUCAUCUCCGUCCACCGGCGAGCGACAAAAGACGAGCUGAAAAAGUUGAAUCAAUACGAGAUAUACGCUUGGUUGCGCAAUAUGGACUUGCGGACCGACUGCUUCUUCGUCACCGUCGCACGUCUUCUUGGCUAUACAACGUCGGAAGCACUUCAAGCAGCUGGCGUUCCGGCGCCUCCACGAGGGAUAAGUCAUGGCGUUACCUUGGCGCAAAUGUAUCUCGCCAUGGAUAGGCUUGGCGUCCGACUCCGUUUAUUGACCUUCCAAGGCUAUACAGAACUGAAUUCUGCCGGUCCGCAGCGGACCGCGAACCUGCGAUGCGCGCCGACCAUGUACAGGCAGCGGUGGUCUACCACUCCACCGCGAACGAUGGGUGUGGCGUUCCGUCGGCGCGGUGGAUCGAGUCACAUUGCCAUUGUCAGGAAUGCCGGCAGGGGUCCACUUACCCAAUACCUCGACUAUCAAUCGAACCCGUUUGGUCAGGAUAUUUCGGCAGACGUCGAGAGUUCGAACAUCUGCUUCUAUUUCUAUAUCGAUCUGGACACGUCUACCGGCACCUUCAUCAGUGGACGGCGGCGGCCUAUUCGCGAGAUGAACAGGCAGGCAGCAAUAGACGCUUCUUCCGCUCGACUGCCGGCUGCUGCCACUCAACCUCAGCAGCCUGCUCCUACCGCGCAACGGACUCAAUCCGAUCCGCUGGAGGCUCCCGCAACGGAUAAUCACGAAGUUUUGGUGGAAGACAUUACUGAUAGGCUGUCACGCAUACACUUGUCAGAAGGGGACGCAGGGAACAGUGCGAAUACAGUCGACGACUUUGAUGACAUCUCUGAUGACAUCUCUGAUUUGUCGGAUAGCAAUGAAGAAUCAACGAGAGAUGAGCCUGAUGGGUCAAAAACCGCCGUCGCAGCAGGACCCUCGGUUCUGAUUCCGUCUGGGGCACUGGACCUUGCAACAAUCGGCCCAAACACAAUCGACAGCAUCUUCUCCAAUCAGCUGACCUCGAACGAGUGUGCGCAAUUCCUCGCGUCAGAGGCCAUCUUCUUACGCACCUCCGGUGCCGCUCGCCCAUCGCCAAACGAGAGCAAUCAUGAGCGGCGAGACAAUGGUCCUAGGAAAUCCGAGUGCUUGAAGCUGCAAGCUGCCGUCGCAAGGUCGUCGCCUUGCCGCAAAAUACGCAGCCUCGAGAUCGGCAUCGUCAUACCGUUUGAGGAUGACGCGGGGACAUAUGACUUUAUUCUCGCCACCAUUGGCAACAGCACCAUACGACUUGGCUUCAAUGAAAUGAGAGGCUACAAGGCCUGGAAGCCAGUAGAUCUAAAAGCAGCUUUUGGCUCCGAUACAGUCGAUAUUCGUAGCAUACAAAAGAUGUACCUUCUUGCUCAAGGGGAAAAGGGAGCCAUCUGGUUCUUCCGAAACGAUUGGUGGAAAGUUCAAGGCAUUGCCUUUCGCGCAAAAUGCGAGACGCCUGGCUUUCUGCUACGAAACGACCGACUCAUGACGCUCAAUAGGUGGUACCAGCAUCCGGCCGCUACGCAAAAGGGCAUAUUACCGUACGAACCGGCGACAGUGGCGAAAUUCUAUAUCAGUACUUCAGACUGGUACAUGACACCUUGCGCAUUUAUCAAGGAGUUGCAGUUUGAAUUUCAGAUUAGCUAUGUGCCUGCAUCUGGAUCGUACGAUUCACUGUCGUUGGCUUUUCAAGACGGCAAGAACUCAACCUUCUUGAUGCAAUCCUUCUCACGUGGAGCAAGAAAAUUGGAUACCGUUGAUCUUGCUGCGAAUUUCGGUAGACGGAUAGUUGACCUACGGCAAAUUACCAAAAUGUCUCUGAGGGACAGGUUCGCCAGCGAAAAGAAAACAGACUGGUGGAGGUUUUCAAGUGCGUGCUUUCCUUGCAGGCCUCAAACCAGUCCCUUCGACGGCUGCAGCUAA